AUGAAGUCUAUUUGCUUCUCGAGUAACGCGGACCUUUUUGAGUACAUAACCAAUAAGACAAACAAUGUGGAAAUACUGGCUUGUAUUAUUAGUAACCUGCUGGGUAGUUUUUUUAAAUGUUUUUUUUAUGUUAGCGAAAUAUCAUUAAAAAAAUUAGAAGAUGGUUUUCCUUUUGAUGCGUCAUCAAUCAAAUUAUGCUCCGAUACAGAGGUAAGUGAUUUCUAUAUUAAAGUCGACUUUUCCACUUGUUAUACUGAAGAAUGUGAUGAUCGAAUUGUAUUAAAUGUAUUAUGUGAUAUUAAAAAAUAUAAUGGAAGUGAUUAUUAUAAAUGCCCUAGGACAAUUUUGAAGAAGACGUGUGAAUUUAUGAAAAAAGAAAAUAUAGCUGACACUGUUUGUGUAGGAAACGAAAUAGAAUUUUUUAUUUUUGAUAAGGUGAAUUAUAAUCUAGAUGAAUAUAAUUCUUAUAUGAAAGUUUAUGAUAGAGAAUCAUUUUCAUGUAAGAAUGAUUUAUCAGAUAUAUAUAGAAAUAGUGAUAGUAUUAUUAAUAAAUCAGAACCAUCAUCAUAUAAGGAAUAUUGCCGUAUUCCUAGAAAUGAUGGUUUAAUUAAUGAUGAUAGUAAAAAAUUAAAAAAAAAAUGUGGUUAUUUUGCUACUGAUCCUUAUGAUACAUCAAAUAUGAUUAAACUUAGAAUAUGCCGAGCUUUAAAUGAUUUAAAUAUCAAUGUACAAAGAUAUCAUCAUGAAGUGUCUACAAGUCAACAUGAAAUAUCAUUAAAAUAUUUUGAUGCUUUAAAGAACGCUGAUAAUUUAUUUAUUACAAAGCAAAUAAUUAAAACCACUGUUCAUGCUUUUAAUAGAACAGCUACAUUUAUGCCAAAACCGCUAGUUAGUGAUAAUGGGAAUGGUUUACAUUGUAAUAUUUCGUUAUGGAAAAAUAAUAAAAAUAUUUUCUUUAUUGAUGAUCCAUCUACUUUUUAUUUAUCGAAAGAAUCUUUUUAUUUUAUGAAUGGUAUUAUUAAACAUGCAAGAGCUUUACAAGCAUUUUGUAACUCAACUAUGAAUUCAUAUAAAAGAUUAGUACCUGGUUUUGAAACUUGUCAGAAAUUGUUUUAUUCCUUUGGAUCUAGAAGUGCUGUUAUAAGGUUAUCUUUAAUUAAUUAUAGCAACUCAUCUGAAAAAAGAAUUGAAUUUAGAUUGCCAGACUAUGUAAAUUCACCACAUCUAGUUAUAGCUGCUAUAAUUUUAGCAGGAUAUGAUGGAAUUAAAUCAAAAGAACAACCUUUAGUACCUUUUGAAAGUAAAAAUGAAGACUUCUUCAUAUCCAACAUUUUUGCUAAUUAUGUUCAGAACCCUCAAAAUUUUCAAACUCUCACACAUGCCUUAAAAGAUUAUAAUACGUUUCAUGACAUAAAGGAUAAUACCGAUUUUCGUAAUUUCUUUAGAUGUAAUCAACCAGAGAAUAUAUGUUUUUCGCUUGCAGAAAGUUUAGAUGCCCUUGAAAAAGACCACGAGUUCUUGACCGUCAAUGGAAUUUUUAAAAAGGAAAUGAUACAAGAAUAUAUAAAAUUCAAAAGAGAAGAAAUUGUCUCCUAUAACAAGUAUGUGUCUCCCUAUGAUUAUCACUUAUAUUAUGACUGUUAG